UGGAGUCCAGUGAGCUUAGACACUUUAGUAGACAUCCUCAUUUAUUUGUAAGAAGAUUCAUGAAAGAGUUACACUCAUAAAAGAAAAUAUUUUUUACUUUUUUUUUUCCACAGGACAGGGUGAUAUAAUUGAUCUAUAGUAGAGUGAAACAGCAGCGUAUUGGGAACAAAUUUAUUAGAAUGGGCAUGGUGACACUUUUUGGUCUGUGUUCCAGCAUGGGACUGUGGUCCAGAAUAUCUCCCACACCUGCCAGCUCUGUCAUGAUAUUGUUUCUAGUGAAACAGGCCAAAGGAUCUGUGCUGGAAAAAACUACUGCUGGAUGGAACAAAUAUAAACAAGAUUGCUUGAAAAUGCUGCAGGAAUCAACUGUAGAUACUGGAAUACAUUGUAAUGGGACAUUUGAUCAAUUUGUUUGCUGGCCUUACUCAGCCCCAGGAAAUGUCUCUGUUCCUUGUCCUUCGUAUUUGCCAUGGUUGAAGAAUGGAAGUGUAGGAAAUGUAUACAGAAUCUGCCUGGAUGAAGGGACUUGGCAAACAGAGAAAAACUCCACAGAUAUUUGGCGUGAUAUUUCAGAAUGUUCUGAGAAAAAUAAUUCAAAAAAAGAAGAAGAAGAACAUAAAUUACUUAGUGCAUUGCAGCUGUUAUACACUAUAGGAUACUAUUUUUCUCUCAUCUCACUUGUAUUAGCUCUCCUUAUACUUUCUUCACUCAGAAAACUUCACUGCACAAGAAACUACAUCCAUAUGAAUUUAUUUGCAUCUUUUAUCUUGCGCGCCACAGCAGUUCUUAUAAAAGACAAUGUAUACAACAAUAUUUACUCCAAAAGACCAAAUGAUGAGACAGGAUGGAUACUAUACCUCAGUCCUGAGAUCAUAAUCAUUUGCAGGACUGCCCAGUUUUUCAUGCAUUACUUUGUUGGGGCAAGUUAUUUUUGGCUAUUAGUAGAAGGAAUUUAUCUGCACACAUUACUGAUAACUGUUGUACUCUCCGAAAGACGACUGCUACAGACGUACAUUGUGAUAGGAUGGGUUGUUCCUAUCCUGUUUGUGGGCCCUUGGGGAAUAAGCAGAUCAAAACUGGAGAACACAGGGUGCUGGGGAACAAAUGAGCACAUGGGAAUCUGGUGGAUCAUCCGAGGACCAAUGUGGUUUUCCGUUGCAGUUAACUUUGGCAUCUUCUUAAAAAUUCUCAGGUUGCUGAUUUCCAAACUAAAAGCUCAGCAAAUGAGUUUUCAUGACUACAAAUACAGAUUGGCAAAAUCCACACUUGUGCUGAUUCCAUUGUUGGGCAUCCAUGAAUUUGUAUUUACCUUCAUCAAUGAUGAACAGGUGGAAGGACUUUCAAGACAUAUAAGACUUUUCAUUCAGAUGACAAUGAGCUCAUUUCAUGGUUUUUUUGUAGCAGUUUUAUAUUGCUUUGCCAAUGGAGAGGUGAAAGCAGAGCUCCAGAAGCAGUGGACCCGCUUCCUGCUGGCAGAUCCCUUUGGCUGUAAAUUCUGCUUUCUUGGGGAAAACAUAAAAUACCUCAGGAAAUGUUCGCAGAAACAAAGAAAAAGGCAGCUUGGCAGCAAACACUACUUGUGCCUGGAAGCAAGCAAACCCUGGGGCAUGCAGCUCCAGCAGGUGCCGGUGAAGCAGAGGACAGAUCUCAGCCCAGAGCCAGGCUGUUAUCUCCCAUCUCGUCCACAGGCAAGCAUGUCAGACAGCAGUGAAGGAGAAGUCACCACUGGAGAGACAACCGAGGAAGUCUUUGAAGAAAGCGAGAUUUAGAAAGCUGUCCACUAGGACAGCACCUUCCAACAGCCACAGUAUUUUGAAAGAUCUUCUCUCACCUCCAGACUGUACAGAUCUCUGGGAUGUGCAAUGCAAGGAGGAAGCAGUUGAUGUCCCAGUUGUCCCCGUUUUCUUAAUCUGAGAAAAAUGUUGAUCUGGAUGUUGCUAACCUGUGUGGCUGGGGUAGAAGAGGUUUGCUGGAUCAAAAAAUGCUUUGUGUUGACCUGUCUGAAAGAUAACUGAUGCUGAAAGAGAUGUACACAGGGGAGCAGGAUGUACUCUGUAAAUGAGUAGGCUCUGGACACUCACAUUGUGUCCCAGCAGCUUCAUCCAUGCUUGACUGCCAUUGUACUCACGUAACAGAGAAGUUGUUUGCUUUCUCUUUCAUAGGUGUGUUUCAUAAAUAGAGAUAUGUGUGUAGAAGACACUUCUCUCCACAGACUGAAACCAUCCCCCAUCUCAAAAAGAACAGUUUUAGACCAAACCAGGCACAUUUUGUUUAAGCAAAAUGAAAGGAUUUAUAUAUAUUAACGAGAAAAAAAAAAAAAAGCUUGGGAAGAAGCAAAAUUUUGCUUGCAUUUUUGAGCAUCAUCUUCUUAAAGUUUAGUGCUGGAAAAGUCAUUAUGAAAUGAAAGACCAAAAUGUUUGCUUUAGAAAGUGACCAAAUGAAAUGCUUUUAUACAAUUUUUCUUUGCUCAUUUUUUUUUCACUUUUUUUUUUUUGUUACAUAAGCCACACACUUUGAUUCAUCUGCAGGUUUUCCCUACCUGUGGCCCAAAUAAGUGGUAAAAGCUGCUUCCACCUUCCUCCCAGGGGACCUAAAAUGGAUAAUGACAUGGGAUUGUGACAGCACCAAAAGAAUAUUAUGAAAUCCUUCUUCCAGCAUUUAACAAGAACUGUGAUGAAAUUUUAAUAGUCACAUACAGCUCACCCGGAGACCUAUGAAAUUUAAUUAAGUUUGUUGAUAUUCUGUGAGCCAGUUUCCAAACACGAGCCAAUGGGUAUGUUGAAAAGGAAAAAGAAAAAGGCAACAGAAAGGCUAGCGGGCAAUAUUUAUCUACAACAUAAAUGUAUACCGCAGGCACACACGUGUAUAACUAUCUGGCCUGCCGCUAGUUACAUAGCAUUUGUUAUGAAUUUUUCCUGUACUUUACUGGCAAGCACUCUAUUUUAACCUAAAUGCCUGCAAAUAUAGUAAAACAUAUCCUGGGCACCAGGGUCUAGGUGCCCUGCCUGAGCAGGGGGGUUGGGCCAGGUGACCUCCAGAGGUCCCUUCCAACCCCACCAGCCUGUGAUUCCAGCAAAGGCUGUAUGUCAAAUAAGUAAUUUUCAGGACUGCUCAUGGGCUCUAUUCACACAUCUUCUCUCAGGUGCCAACACCGUGGCUGCCCUUCUGACUUUCCCUGCUUUUACCCCUCCCCAUGGGGUUGUUUUGUCCCUAGACCCCUGCUGCCAGCUUUACAAUUGCAAAUGGCACUUUUUUGCACAGAUAGCCUACAUCUUCAACGUGUGGUUUGAGCAGACUAAGUUUAUGCAGCUUAUAUAAUUUAGCAGUGCUUUUAAAAAUGUUUAGACAUGUAAACUUUACCAGCUAUGAUAUACUGUUUUCUUGCAAAGAACAGAUAAAUUCAUUGACUUGCACUAGGUCAAGACCACAUUUGAGCUAUCGUAUUUCUGGUACUUUAAAAAAAAUAUUCCUUUUACAGUUCUAUGAGUAUUAAGAAUUUAAACUAUUUAAUCAAUACAAGGUUGUAUAUUUUGAUAAAAUAUUAAUAAAAUGUAAAUAUUUGAUCCAUUUUAAAAUAUAUCUGCAGUUUUAAAAGGCUUUUUACCAGAAUAUGCACUCUGUUUAUCUUUUUACAUUUUACUGCGGUGGAUUUCUCCACCACCCCCUACAAGCACCACAUACUACAUAUCUAUUGACCAUGUUUUCUCCAAUUUAAAAAAGAAUUCUUUCUUAUAGAGCUGUUGUUUAGGAUAGUAAAAAGCCUGAAGUGGUUUAGAAUGCAUUUUACUUGGGUGUUAAAAAUGUGAAAAUUGUAAGAUUUUACUGUGUCUCAGUAAAUAGUUUCCUUGUUAAUUGCUUUUAAAAGUAUUUCAAAUGGUCAAGAAACCAGUUUUCUGUGCUCUCAGCAGCAGUCCCCACUAGGUGCAUUUUCCUCUCUCUGUGUAUGGUCUUUUUGCUUCUUUCAGUUUACAAAAAUCAUUCUUAUAUAAGCAGACCCUGGAAGCCUGAUAAAAACAAUCAUCAUGUGGAUUCCUUCAAAAAGCAUGUUUGUAUGUAGAUAAAUCAGUAAGUUGCAUCAGAAAAAUAUAGCAUUGUUUAUUAUAUCACUAAAGUACAGAAGUUGUUAAAUCUGGCUGGCCACACACAUAAUGUAUCUUUCCUCAGUUCUAAAUAAAAUACUAAGCAGCCUAGAAGACAGCAGCAGACUCAACAAUUCAAACAUAUUAUAGAGUCAGUGAAAACAGCUGCAAAGACUCAGCAAAAAUAGCUGACUCUCCUCCUAGGAAGGUGAAGGUCUGCAGCUAGGUAUCCUCCCAGGAUUUUCCUUCUGCCCUUUGUGGAGCCCAUGGGUGGCAGGAGGGACACUGCGGCCGGAGGAGCUGAUUAGAAAAGCUGCAGCAGGUCCUUGGGAUGUGAGACAGAAUGCCUUGCCAGGCUUCCUGCAAGUGCACAGACUGGAGAGACAGAAACAGCUGGGAGAAAGGACAAGAAAUAUGACCUUGCUCGGAGAAAAACAAGAGGUGGAGAAGGCAGAUUGAGCCAAACUGGUGUUUGUUUGCAAGUGAUUUUUUGUGUAAAUUAUUUAUCCAAUUUGCACACAGAUUAAUUACCAGACAACAAAAACUUUAACAUCUGCCCAGAGUUUUAUGCUUUUGUAGCCCCAGUAAUGGGAUUUUUCUCCUUGUCAAUCAGUUGCUCAGCUUUACUCCCCAGAUUUCCUCUGCCUUCGCCUUAGGAAAAAGACUGGUGUGAACUAAACGCUUCUUCCCUCUCAGUGAGAGAGCCCACCCUCCCACGGUCCUGUUGAGUUUGGUCUCUGCUGAGUCAGUCCAUUAAGGAAGACAAGGUGGGCUAUUCAUGCUCAGGACAUCAGAGACAACCUAUGCUAAAACCUGACUCCCACAGCUUUGAAGUUGUCUUUGCCAGGGAUUUUGCUUUCCAUCAAAACUUAUAAGACAAAAGUAUUGAAUUUCAAGCCCAAAAUAGUUUGUGGGGUUCAACAGAGCUUUCCCAUUAGAUGUAGUGUAAUAACGGAUCCGAUUUGUAUGAAUAAGGUUUAUACAAUCUUAAUAAUCUGCUGUGAGACAUGCUAUAAAUUUUUGUGUUUUACUGCACAUAAAGCACAACCUUCCAGACACAAAGAUUCCUUCUAUGGCCAGAAAUGUCAACUAUAUGCUAAUUGUAAAUGUGUAGCCACAUUCUUUGUUUAAAUAUAUUGCUUCUGCAUACCAGGGUCUACGCCUCAAAGGCUCAAAUAGUAAAGCACAAACACUCCAGUCUGGAGAGUUGUCUGUCAGUUAUGCCUUGGAAUCAGUAAUACUGGUUUGUCUUUUUUAAAACAUGAAAUAAA